GUAGACAACCACUGUCUACAAUAAAACGAAUUGCAUCAUUAAUAGAAACACAUUAGUCCAUUUAGAUUGUUUCUGACUGACAUAUCAUUUUAAGCCAGGAAUCAAAGUUCAUCCCAUGUGGUGUCUGUAUUAAAGUAUCGUUAUAUCGUUGUCUCCCCCCGCGGUUCUCUGAAAUGGUUCCCUCCAGUAAUGGCAGCAGCAGCAUGGUGAAGGAGGCUCCGGCGUGGAGAAACAACGACAGUGUCUGGAUUUAGAAGUUUAUUUGUUUUAACAUCUACCAGUAAUUGGACGAUUUGGGACCUUUAAGUUCUGCCAGUCGAAGAAAACCUUCAGAGAUUCCGUUACAAAAUGCCUCAUCGAAAGAAGAAAUCAUUCAUUGAAAAAAAGAAGGCGGUGACCUUUCACCUUGUCCACAGAAGUCAGAGGGACCCGCUGGCCGCAGAUGAGAAAGCCCCUCAACACGUCCUCCUGCCCACCGCCACGGUGGAUGCAGAGAAGCGGCAUGAGGAGCAGAGGAAAUUUGGAGUUUUCUUUGAUGAUGACUACGAUUACCUGCAGCACCUGAAGGAGACGUCCGGCCUGUCCGAGAUGGUGGCGGCCGACUCCUCGUACAGCGACACACGACGGGUUGACCUCUGUGAGGAGAGUGAGGAGAAUGAGGAGGAGAGAGACGGGGACAGAGCUUUUCCUGCGUCCACCAUCAACCUGCCCUCGUCAGUGUUCGCCUCAGAGUUUGAAGAGGAGGUGGGUCUCCUGAACAAGGCUGCUCCAAUCUCAGGACCCCGACUGGACAUGGAUCCCGACAUUGUGGCCGCUCUUGACGACGACUUUAACUACGACGACCCCGACAACAUCCUGGACGAUGACUUUAUCAGCAAAGCAAACAGUGCGUGUGCAGCAGCAGGCACAGACGCUGAGUUCAAUGAAGAUGACGAUGAUGAGUGGGAAGACACAGACGAGGAAGGUGACUUCGACUCUGAGGGCGGUUUGUCGGAGGACGAGGACGACCGCUGUGGAGAGCUUCUGUUCGCCGACGAGGAGACGAGGAGUCGAUUCACUGAGUACUCGCUGACGUCGUCUGUGAUGAGGAGGAACGAGCAGCUCACUCUGCUGGACGACCGCUUCGAAAAGUUCUACGAGCAGUUUGACGACGAUGAGAUCGGGGCCCUGGACAACGCUGAGCUGGAGGGCUUCAUCCAGCCGGACAGUGCUCGCCUCGAAGAAGUCAUCAAAGAUUACUUCACACAGAAAGAGAAGGAGUCGCUGAGGCCUGAUGACUUGGGUCCUAAAGAACUCCCUGCUGUGAAGGAGGAGGAUGACGAUGACGAGGAUGAAGAGGAGAUGGAGAUGGUUGUUAUCGAGGCUCCAGAAGAGACGUGGGACUGUGAAACCAUCAUCAGCACAUAUUCCAACAUGUACAACAGACCCAAAGUCAUCGAAGAGCCGCCAAAGCCGAAGCCGAUUCGCAUGUCCAACAGGACGGGCAUCCCUCUGGACGUCCUCCCUGCCAAGGGCCUGACCGCCAAGCAGGCGGAACGCAUGACGAGGAUCAACGACUCAGACCUGCCUCGUGUCUCCACCCAGCCCCGAGACAGGGACGAGAGCAAAGAGGAGAGGAAGGCGAGGAAACAGGCCGUCAAGGAGGAGCGCAAGGAGAGGAGAGCGGAGAAGAAAGCCAACAAGAUGGCGUUCAAGGAAGAAAAGGUCCGACAGGAGAAGCAGAUGUUGAACCUGAGAACAAACAUUCAAGGCCUGAAGCUUUAGCGGCCAAUGGACUUUUUACCCGUGUGCGUCAGCGGCCACGCUGCUCUUCACCGACGGACUGACGAGAGUUUGUACGCCAGAGCGGCCGAGAGUUACUGUAUUUAACUUUAAAUAAAAGGAGCAGAAAUGAACUUUAUCUACAGUCAUAAUGCUGUUUGAAAGACAGGAACGCUAAAAGCUGGGGAUUGAAAGGUACAGGUCAGUAGAGCCGCCCCCUGAACGCCGACUGGGCGAAUCAUCAGUUGACUGAGAUUCUUCAAGCCCAACUUUUUCUGUCAGCCAUUGUGCAUUACAGUAGAAACUACCCCAGCCCCCUGGUGGAUGUUGUCAUCUUGUCCUCGUUCUGGUGCAUCGGUUUGCUCAGACGGGGACCACUUUAACUGGAGAAUGCCCCCCCCCCCCCCC